AUGGCGAAUAGAGCAGACGACAUGGCCACCCUGAUGCUGACGUCGGGGGCCAGCGGGAGAAUAAACGCCUUGCUCUCCCUCCGCGUUUUGAGGAGCCUGUGGCGGUUGGUCGGCGCAUUUUUCCUGUUUUUCCUUCUGCCGUUCCGCGGCCGCCCCCGGCGGGGAGUCGUGGUUCUGUUGCAUGGCUUGAAUGAACACAGUGGUAGAUAUAAUGAUUUUGCCAAGAAACUGAAUGCAAAUGGCUUCAAAGUUUAUGGAUUGGAUUGGAUUGGACAUGGUGGAAGUGAUGGGCUGCACGCUUAUGUUCAUUCUCUCGAUUACGCUGUCAGUGAUUUGAAACUUUUUCUCGACAAAGUUGUAGCUGAAAACCCAGCUUUGCCCUGUUUUUGCUUCGGGCACUCGACUGGUGGAGCUAUAGUUUUGAAGGCCAAUCUUGACCCGAAAGUGCAACAACGCGUGGCCGGUAUUGUAUUAACGUCACCCGCCGUUGCAGUUCAGCCGUCACAUCCAAUUAUUGCUGUUCUUGCCCCGGUUUUCUCUCUACUGCUACCGAGAUUUCAAUUUCGCGCAGCCAAUAAAGAAGGGACGGUUGUCUCGCGGGACCCACAGGCGCUCGUGGCCAAGUACUCGGACCCGCUCGUGUUCACGGGUUCGAUACGGGUGCGGACAGGGUACGAGAUCCUCCGCAUCACGACGUACCUACAGCAAAACCUGAGCCGGGUCAACGUGCCCUUUUUUGUGCUCCACGGCACGGACGAUUCGGUGACCGACCCGGGUGGGUCCCGCAGGCUCUAUGAGGAGGCCUCGUCGGCUGACAAGACGAUCGAGUUGUGUCGGGGCCUGUUGCAUGAUCUGUUGUUCGAGCCAGAGAAGGAGGAGGUUGGGGACAAAAUUGUUGCAUGGUUCAAGGAUAGGUUGUGA